AUAUGUAUGGGUUGGGCAGUAUCUUUGGCCACUCUCGCUAGUCUGAUAUUUGGCCUUCAUCAAGUUGAAUUGCAUCCAAUUAUAGCUGCAAUGUAUUCUUCGUUAAGUCACACUCUCUGGGCACUAUGUUUGGCUUGGGUAGUUGUUGCUUGUGCUACUGGAAAUGGAGGAUAUGUGAAUAAAUUGCUAUCGUGUAGUGUAUUAAUACCAUUCAGUCGUACAACAUAUUGUGCAUAUUUAGUACAUCCAAUAGUUAUCAGAUACGCAAUUAUGAAACGUGACAGUCCAUUCCAUCUGACAAUAGAAUCUGUGACUCUCAUGUUUUUGGGACAGUUAGUUGUUUCCUACUUUUUUGCAUUUUUACUAUCGAUUGCCUUCGAAGCACCUUUUGUGUCUUUACUGAAACUUGUAUCACCUACAAAACGAAAUAACUGACUGUGUUAAUUUUAAGUUCAAUUUGUUUCAUCGAAUUAGAAGUUCAAGUGAUAAGCCACCGAAUUAUUUAAAACU